UCAGCCCAUGGGCGUGUUCUAAAACAGCCCCGCCUAGUUCUUCCAGAACAUUGGAAUAUAGUGUUCGGACGUUCUUCAAGUUCUUUCCAACGACAUUCUGGUUUCGAACCGUGAAGUCGUCUCGUUUCUUUUUCGAUUUCCCUUUCCUUUGUUCCCAACUUCUUAGGAAAAUCAGCUGUUUCAGACUCUUUAGGUCACCUGUCGUCAGAUUUUGAAAAUGGAAGACGCUCAGGCUACCCAGGCGAUGGCAAUGACUUCGCAGGACUUUGUACAGCAAGCGGUAGGACCGCUAGGACUUCCUCAGAUGUUUUGGAACGACUUCAGCGUUUCGGACGAAAUCUCACGGAUCACGUACAGCGUAAACGCCAACCACUUCCCGGCUAAGUUGUGGAUACUAGUGAACGAUCCCCGUAUCAAGUCUAUCUACUGGGACGAGCCCGGGGAGGAAGUGGUGAUCGUGCAGAGCCAGUUCAAGGACGAAGUGUUGGAGAACCGCCAACUGGACGUCUUCAACACGGCCAACUGGGACAGCUUCGUCAGACAGCUCAACCUCUAUCAGUUCAAGAAGAACAUCAUGGCAGCUCGACAUGAGGGCAACAAAGACAUCCAUCGCUUCCGAAACAGGUACUUCAGCAAAAGCCAGCCUGACCUGACUAUGGUGAGGAGACAGAAGAAGAGGAAGAGACCUGACAGUGCAGGACCUGAGGACACGCCCAACAAGGAGAAUUAUCCACCAGGUCGUAUGGGGCCCCCUGGCUCAACACCCUUCCCCCACCCCAACAGCAAUGUGGGAUUCCGACCGAUCCCCAUCCCGAAUGGCCAGGCCGCUAUGCCAAACAUGCCUUUGGGGUCCAACGGUAGCAUGGCUGUCAACAACGGAUGGGCCCCAACCUACAGUGGGGAGAGGCUGCCUCAGUUCAACACCUUCUCUCAGUCGUCCCCCAUGUAUGGCUACCAAACACAGCAGUGCUACCCCGUGAGCGGACAGUUCCGAGCCCCCUAUAUGCAGCAGCGCUACCCACAGCCAACAGGUUUCUCCACACCCAUCACUCAGGGCCCCAACAGGCUUCCCAUCCAGACCUACAACUACAGUCCCUAUGCCACACAGGCAUUCGACUACAGCGCCGUCCAAACAACACCUACCACCACGGACAGGGCCGACUCUGGGAACCAAGGGGAUGCAAAAGUCGUGGUGGAGUUCAUCGACGAGAAGCAACAAGAGUUCCUACAAGCCAUCAAGGCCAUUGCCAGUGCAGCUGACUUCCAUCCCAAGACAACCGAGACAAACAUGAUCAUCUCCGGAGACAUCGCCAUCAAGGUGGAAGGAAACAACACAGUGAACGACUCUGGAGUGUGGGACGUCAAAGACAGCAUGUCUGACACUGGCUCUCCACCUGAAAACGGCAUCCUUGCACCCAUCAGUGGCCCAAGCUCCACCAUGCUUCCCACUGUCCAGACAGUUGUCCAGGCAGGACAAGGUCAAGUUGCUGAGGGGAGUUUCAUCACCCAUGUUUCAGAGCCCACCACCGCUCCAAGUACAGAGGACUGUGCUGUGUCUCCUGUCGUCGCCACCUCGUCAGUAAAUCCGACAACCUUCACCCUGGUCUCUGCCUCUGAUGCCACUAUAAGUGCUACCACUGCUUCUGCCCCUGUCCCCGUCACUGCCAUCAGCUUCAUCGAGAACGACAUCAACAAGACAGACAGUGAUACUGACAACAUUACCGCUGAUGUCAACAACACGGUUGCUCCGAACAUUACAUCAAUCACUACUGGCUCCAGUGGGUCCGACCAAGUAGUGUAUCAAGUAAGCGCCAUUUACGAGUACAACACUGAUGCUUCCAACGACGGGAAAGCGAGCGAAGCAACUGAGGCAGCAUCUGCGAUUGGCAACCUGGGCGUUCCAUUCGGCCAAUGGGUUGAUGUGCAACAAGGAGACGUACAGCACCUGUUACAGCCUGAAGAUCCAACAUCCCAGUAAAAUAUGUAGCUUCAGCGAAUGCAGGACUCUAAGAAUCAAAGUAUAACUGAGGAGUUGAUGAAAGCUCCUUGUUACAACAUACUAUUCAAGGCAGAAAUUAUUCUGACUGUGCAGCCAAUGGUUAACUUCUGGUGGCACAAACAUUCAGUAGGAAUGAUUUGUGGAGAGAUGAGUUAAUUUUGUUCUUUGCAUUUUGAUUUUAUAGCUCACAAUAUUCUUCCCUUGGUAAACCUUGGAGCAGGAAUGUGUGCAAUUGAAACUUGAAAGUUAAAGUGAUAUCUGAUGAUAUCUCAUUUCAUGAAAUACUAAUAAUACGUUAGAAGUCGGGGAGAAUACCCUGGAGUGCUGUACAGGUCUGUGUUGAACUUGUGUACAUAACGGUUGAGUAAGACUGACUAGUAUAUUGCAAAUAGAUAGUGUUGUUAUUAUAACUCCUACUAGUUAUCCAUGUUGAGGAAAGGUUUUGACAACUGUUUUGUGUUUAACUGAAGUUUUAAUACUGCGCCCUUUUAACGAUAUGUAAAUUACAAGAUGAUCCUCUAUUUUAGUUAUAACACCACCUAUUUAUUGCUGAUGAAAAGUUAUGUUACUAAAUAAUUUAAUAUUUAUAUGUGAAGUGUACAUAUUAGGGCACUAUAUUAAUAUAGGAAAUAUUUAAUCUAUUUUGACAAGUAAGCUCAUAUACUCUGCCUCCUAUUAUAAGUUGAGCAGAAUAAAGUCUUGUUGUCUGCAA